AUGAAUUUCUGGGAGACUGCGCUUUGUGCUUUCUCAGCUUCCCUCUUGGCACUCCUACUUGGUUGGCUCUAUACAGUAGGAGCAUUUCGCAAGAGGAGACCCAAAGAACCUCCGCUGGACAAAGGCUUCAUUCCAUGGCUAGGACAUGCGAUUAAAUUCAAGAAAAACCCUGCUGAAUUUUUGGAAGUGAUGCGGAAGAAACAUGGGGACAUUUUCACACUGCUGGUUGGCGGCAAUUAUAUACAUUUUCUGGCGGAUGCUGAUUCCUACGAACCAAUACUGAAAGAGUCACCUGACAAAUUGGAUUUUGAUAAGUUUGGAUCAAUGAUAGUUUUAAAUGUUUUUGCUUUUCAACCAACUGACUCUCACCACCAUAUUUUGAAAAAAAUAAGCAAGGAAUAUCUGAGAGGUAAGGGUCUGGCUGUCCUAAAUAAGGUGAUGAUGGAGAAAUUGAAGACCGUGAUGCUUCAUAGCUGGGAUUCAGGUGAGCAUAAGAGACACUGGCAGCAGGAUGGGGUUUUUCACUUUAGCUACAAAACAAUAUUCCAGGCUGCUUUUCUGGCCUUGUUUGGAACUGAGCUAGACAAGGAAAAUGCCAAGAAGAACACAUUAACACAAUGUGGAGAGUUCUUUGGGAAUUUCCAGAAAUUUGAUCACUUAUUUCCCCAGAUGGCUCUUGGAAUCCUGGACCCUCAGGGUAAAAAGGACACGGAAAGGCUGAGGAACUUCUUCUGGGACAAACUGUCAGUAGAAAAGAUAUGCAAGAAGGAUAACAUCAGCAAGUGGAUAGCUGUGCAAGAUCAGCAAAUGGCUGAGAUUGGGAUGACUGAGAAGAUGAGGACACAAUUUAUGUUUCUUCUCCUCUGGGCAUCUCAAGCCAACACUGGUCCAGCUGCCUUCUGGGUUCUUGUGCAUCUCCUGAAGUAUCCAGAAGCAAUGAAGGCAGUGAGGGAAGAAGUGGACCGAGUACUGAGAGAGACUGGCCAGGAAGUGAAUCCAGGAAGCCCCAUCAUCGAUGUCUCCCUGGAAACAAUAAAGACUCCUCUUCUGGACAGUACAAUAGAAGAAAUACUGCGCUUGAAAGUGAGUCCAUUCCUGUUCAGAAGUGUGAUGCAGGAUACAGAUCUUAAAAUGGCUGAUGGGAGGGAAUAUAUUUUUCGCAAAGGAGACCAACUUCUUCUUUUCCCUUUCCUUGGACUGCAUAUGGACCCAGAAAUCUACCCUGAUCCUCACACGUUCAGAUACGACAGGUUCUUGAACCCAGAUGGCACCAAAAGAGAGUUCUAUAAGAAUGGGAAGAAGCUCAAAAAAUACACUAUGCCUUUUGGCGGAGGGCCGUCUAUUUGCCCUGGGCGAUUCUUUGCUGUUAGUGAAUUGAAGAUGUUUGUGAUCCUGAUGCUCACCUGCUUUGACAUGGAACUGGUUAACGCAGAAGAGGAAAUCCCACCAGUAGAUGGAAGCCGCUGUGGCUUUGGAGCUACACAUCCUUCUCGAGAUAUCAAGUUCAGAUAUCGGCUGCGGUUGUAA